CAGAAUAAAGUGUCCAAACGCAGAGAAAAACUCCUGCUGAAGCGACUGAUCUCCACACUGUUAUAAAGAUGGCGUUUAUUAAAGAGGAGAGUGAAGAUGUGAAGAUUGAAGAAACAUUCAGAGUCAAACAGGAAAAUCUGCAGGAACAAACAGACCUGUUGGUGCCGAAAGAAGAGACUCAUGAACUGAAUGAAACAAAAGAGAAAUACCAAGACAUAACGACUGAUGAAAAACCCACACUGACUAAGAAGACUUCAAGCGGAAGACCUCAGAAAUCCAAAUCUUGUUGUAAUUUUACUUGUCAUCAGUGUGGAAACCAUUUCAGUCAAAAACACAACCUUAAAGUCCACAUGAGAAUUCACACUGGAGAGAAGCCUUUCAGCUGUCAACAGUGUGGGAAGAGUUUCAGUCAAAAAUCAAGCCUUAAUGUUCACAUGAGAGUUCACACUGGAGAGAAACCUUACACCUGUGAACAUUGUGGAAAGAGUUUUGCUAAAAUUCUUGGCUUUAACGCCCACAUGAGAAUUCACACUGGAGAGAAGCCGUACACAUGCCAGCAGUGUGGGAAAGGCUUCUAUCAUACAGAAAACUUAGCAGCGCACAUGAGACUCCACACUGGGGAGAGGCCUUACUCUUGCCCUCAGUGUGGAAGGAGUUUUAAGCAUAAUGGCAAACUUGAAGUCCACAUGAGAACGCACAGUGGAGAGAGAAUAUUCACUUGCACACAGUGUGGGAAAAGUUUUCCUCAAAAACAAAACCUUGACAUCCACAUGAGGAUUCACACUGGAGAGAAACCUUACACAUGCACAGAGUGCAGUAAAGGUUUCAGAUGUAUAAGCACACUCAAAUACCACAUGAUAAGUCACGCCAGAGAGAAGCCGUUUGCAUGUGAUCAGUGUGGAAAGAGCUUCACAACUAAACCUAGCCUCAUGAACCACAUGAAUAGUCACACUGGAACCAUAGUGUUCACAUGUGAUCAGUGUGGAAUAAAACUCACACGCAAAGACACCAUUAAGCAACACAUGGAGACUCACUCAGGAGAGGAUCGUUUUAGAUGCAGUGAAUGCGGAAAGGACUUUAAACAUAAAAGAAGCCUCAGCGCUCACAUGAAGCUUCACAACUGAG